AUGGGACUCGACAAGGCCAACACACCUCCCAUGACACCUUCUCGUCCUUCAGAUACACCCACUCCCAGCAUUGAGACUUCAGAAGCUCCCGUCGAGGCCCACAACAGCCAAGCCUCUGUAGCGUUCAAGCCUCUGCAGAUGCUGGUCAAAACGCCACUGACAGUCGAGUGUGGAGAGGAUCUCACAGUCAAGUUUACCAUGCAUGUGGAGCUACUAUGCUGCCACAGCAAGCUUCUUGCAGAUCGUUUCGCCGCGGCAAAGCCGUUGAGGGAGCAAUACGAACUCAUCAAAAAACUUUGCGACAAGCUUGUAGAAUACUUCUUUCCGGAGGUCACUCCCAAGCAAUUCGAAAGCGGUCAUUUAGAAGUAGAGGUCAUCCCACUCAUUGUCAGAGCUUAUGAGCAAUGGCCUUUGCCGGUGUACGCCAACUCCGUCAAGAUUGCCAUUGAUAACGCUGUCCAAGAGCAAAUCACCGCCAAAAACAUUCAGAACAUAACUGUGAAGGACCUGGGCCGCAUCACAGACUUAUCGAUACGGCUAUCACAUAUCAAGUCACGCGGCGUGCAGACUAUAGUUGAGAAACUAUACGUCUUGAUACACCAGAUCACCAAGAAAGAAGAGAAGAGGGCCUUGAAAGAAAAGCUGCGAGCUGCAGCCCAGCACCGUCUCCUCCUUCCAGACGUCGAUUCAGAAAUAGUUGCAAUUCUGAUGCAGUGGAUCUAUCAUGGGGCCCUUCACUACCAAGAUGCUGAGCAACUUUACGCCGUCCUCCGACUAGCUAUCAUGCUUGGAGUCGAUGCGCUCGCCGAGAUCUGCUUGACUAAGCUCUAUGAUGCUGCUAGUGAGAGCAUCGAGGACGCAUCAAACUCCGGUGUGAAACUCCAAACCUUGCUGGGAUUUGGACCGGACUCUGUCGACCAUGCCCUAGGCGUCGUCUUCAAGAACGUUAUCAACGACAGGCGUACUCCAAAGAGGUUACGUGACUUGGUCAUCGAUGCCCUUGCUGCAAGUCUCGAUAAGGAGCUUUUCACGAAGAUCAAGGACCUGAUCAGCAAGGAAAUGGCACUCGAGAUCAUCGAGGCCAUGAUCGAUAACAGCGAGUAG